CUGACAGAUAUGCAGUUGUGGCUCUCCCAGCUAGGGCUGCUGCUUACUUUCUAACACUGGGAUAUCUGAUCGUGUCAGGCCACUAUGAAAUUCCCUGGCUCAGUUCUAAUAUCUGUAGCCUUGUUUGUGGCAGAGACAGUGACAGCCCUCUAUUUGAGCAGCACAUACAGCUCAGCUGGGGAUAGGAUUUGGCAGGACCUGACCCUCUUCUUCUGCCUCCUGCCAUGUGUGCUGGUGCAGAUGAGCCUCAUCUUUAUCCACCGGGACUUGAGCAGGGACAGACCGUUGGUGCUGCUGCUGCACCUUCUGCUGCUGGGACCCCUAGUCAGGUGUAUUGAAGCAUUCUACAUCUAUUUUAAAGCUGGAAAAGUUGAAGAGCCUUAUGUCAGCAUCACCAAAAAGAAGCAGAUGCCCAAGGGAGGCUGCUCUGAUGAAGUUGAGAAAGAAAUGGGUCAAGCUGAAGGAAAACUGUUCACACACAGAUCUGCACUGAGCCGAGCCUCAGUCAUUCAAGCUUUCCUUGGAUCAGCACCUCAGCUGACACUUCAGCUCUACAUAAGUGUACUGGAGCAGGAGAUCCCAGUACCUCGAUGUAUAUUUAUGAUAAUAUGUCUUCUGUCUAUUGUCUAUGGAGCCAUGAGAUGCAACAUCUUGGCCUUUAAAAUCAAGUAUGAUGACUACGAUAUAAAAGUAAAACCUGUAGCCUAUCUUUGCAUAUUUCUGUGGAGAAGUUUCGAGAUCGCUACCAGAGUCAUUGUUCUAGUACUAUUCAGCUCAGUUCUAAAAAUCUGGACUCUCCCUGUGGUGCUGCUGAAUUUCCUGAUUUUCUUUUUCUACCCAUGGAUUCUCUUUUGGCAGAGUAAAUCCCCCUUUCCAGAAAACAUAGAGAAGGCCUUAUCAAGGGUUGGCACAGCCAUUGUUCUCUGCUUUCUUACCUUUCUGUAUGCUGGAAUUAACAUGUUCUGUUGGUCUGCUGUCCAGCUUAAAAUUAACGACCCGGACUUAAUCAACAAGUCACAAAACUGGUACCGCAUGGCAGUAUAUUACAUUCUGAGGUUAAUUGAAAAUGCCUGCCUUCUUCUUUUUUGGUACAUUUUUAAAACAGAUAUAUAUAUGUAUGUUUGUGCUCCAUUGUUGGUUGUACAGUUGCUAAUUGGUUACUGCAUUGCGGUUCUAUUCAUGCUUGUAUUCUAUCAGUUCUGCCAUCCAUGCAAGAAGCUUUUUACAUCAAGUAUCUCUGAUGGUUUGCUGUCUUGCUUCAAGUUCCUGUGUUAUCUAUGCAUACCUUCGCAAGCCCCAACAAAGAUGGAUAAGUGUAGUGCCAAGCUCUCAGAAAGCUCCGAAAACAAUGAGAUACCAACCACAAAAGCUACUGACUCUCACAAUGGAAAUGUAUAACAGAGAGAGCUUUACAGCUAUGAUUCAAACCUUCAUGUAAAGCCAAAACUUUUCCAUAUGUAUGUGGAAAAAGUAAAGUAUUCAUUCUGCUGGAUAUAACCCGUGUAAAGAACUUUGUUCUCUCUGCACACAUUAUGCAUUAUUGCUAAUGUGAUGGGUUCAUUAUUGGGUGGCUCUUACCUAUGCAGAAUAUGGCUUUGCCAUCUUCAUUAGGAUCAUACAAGCAUAUAGCUGAUUUUUGGAGAGUAAAAAAAAAAGAUAUGCUGGAGAAAGCAGUUAGACUGAUUAGAUUAUAAGUUUGCACAGUUUUUAUAUAAGGUUUAAAUGCAAAGGCAGGCACCAACUUAAUGGGGUACAAUUUAGGAGAGAGUGUUGUGGUUCGAAAUGUAACUAAUUCACCCAUCACUAGAUAGAGUUAAAGGGAGAAGAUAUUUGGCAGGUUUAAAUGGCAUAAAGGGUAAGAAUAAGGCCCCUAUGCACUAUAAAUGGAAAUUUUAUGUUACAAGCCUAAACAGUGGAUGUUUUCCAAUACUGAAUAUACCAUUUAUCUAUUCUAACAUUAGCAAAAUAGAGUAAAGCAUGCUGUUCCAUAGAUCUUUUUCUUUCAGUAUCAAUACCUCUCAAAAUAUGUACAAAAAAUAGUAAAAAAGUUUGUCCUGGUCCAGUUACCCCUAGCUACCAGUAAUGUGAUAAGAACAAAUAUUAGGAAACCUCUGGUUGCUGUGGGCUGCUAAAUUAGGCUUUUGCCCAUGUUACUACAUUAUCCAGAAAUAGUUGCUGGACGUACACACAAAGUUGUAAUAUAUGUUUCCACUACCUACACAUUUAUAUAUAUAUUAUUUAGAUUAUUUAUAUGGAAUAUACUUAUAUAUAUUUACUUGAAAUAAUAACUAAUAGGGGCUUAUAGUGAAAUAAUUUAGUAAGUGUAUAUUAUUACAGAGGCACCAUUCCAUCAUUUCCUAGUUUGUCCAGCAGAUUUACCUAGAGGACAAAUAUUAAGAGCUAAAUAUAUAGAAAUAUCCCAUAUGCUUUUUAUUGCCAAAGAGUUUAAUGGCCCACACUGCAGUUUUAAGUUUUACUUAAGCAGCCAUUAUUGGUAGGCUGGCAACAAGGUCCUUACACCUGCUUAGGCUGCUAUUGUGUUUGUAGUCCAGUCAAAAGAAGCCACAAGGGACUAUGGCCAAAGGGUUAUAAUGUAUAAUGGGGUUGUGAUGGCCAAUCUUUGAAUCAGGGGCAGUUCCAUGGUUAUGGUCUAUAGAUACAAGUGUUUGCCAGAGGUAGGUAUUACCCAAGCCAUAUUUUGGUGGAAAACGUGAGGGUGUAGUGGCUCUUAAUAUAAUUUUCCUUCUAUACGCAACUACAGUUUGCAGUCAUGUCAUCAGUUUACAAACUAUGGGCCUUAUUCACUAAAGUGCGAUAAAAAUUAUCGCACGCUUUUUUGCGUUAAAAAACGCAAAAUAAUUUGCGCACGAUUCACCAUAGUAUUAUCGCGUGCGAAAAAUCGCCAUUUUCGCAUGGGUUAUUUCUCGCACUAGUUUUACCGCAUGCAUUAAUUUCCGCGCUGCAAAGAAUACAAUCGCAUGAUUCACUAUAACUUUUGCGCGCUAAAUAUCGCAUUCGGCAAUGCGAAAAUUAACAGGCAGGCGAAAAAUUAUACAAAAGUACAGUAAAUGAUUUUUUGCAAUAAAAUAUGGACUUACA